UGCGCGUUGCAGGAGGAGAGGAAGCGUUUGGCGCGGCGUCCCAGCGAAAAGCGAUGUUGAGUGUCGCCUCCGUGAUCACUUAACUGCGCCGCCAAACUCGUGUUUCCGCUCGCCUGUUUUUGUCGAGAGGCGUCAGGAGCCGUUCUCCCCUCUCUCGGUUCGGGUUCUGAUUAAUUAUUCAACUCUUUCGCCGCAUUUGGAGCUGUUGCUUUCCCCACAGAGAAAGAGUGUUUUUGUUUUUGUUUCUUUUGACGUCUCGGGGUUUUUCUGGAAAUUGAUUGGCCCCCCCACCCCGCCGCCACCCUGAAGUUCAUCGUUGUGAUCUUGGCCGCCGGGAUGGUGGCCUUCAUCGGAGCGGUAAUCUGCAUCAUCGCGGCCGUCCACACCGGCUCCUCCAAGGCGGCCGCGGCGCAGCGGCAGCCCGCGGCCGACAACCACUCGCUGUAUCCGGACGCGGUGGCGCAGACUCCCGCCGCCGCGCGGGGCUCCGUGGCCCGGCCCGGUUCCUUGGGAGCUCUCCACGGUUCUGAAACGCCCGAAUCCGAAGCGCCCACGUUCAACGUCGGGCUCGGCGGGGCGGACAGGGUCAGCGGGCUCACGGGACACGAUCCCGCGGUGAGUCGGCUCGUCUGCACCCCGCUCCCCGCCGGAGGGUGCAACCCCAGGAACUUUCAGCAGCAAGCGGACGACCCGUCGCUGUACGCCGGGGAGGACUGGGGCUACCUCCGGACCACGGCGGAAGAGCUCCGGCAGACGGUUCUGCAGCAGAAGGACCAGAUCUUGACCGACCAGAGGACCAUCGUUGAGCUGUCGGGGAAGCUGACCGAGUGCGAGAAGGGGCUCGGGGGAAGGAGCGGCAGCCCGGACAGACGCGGGAACGCCGCCUCGCUGAGAGGCGGACAGGGAGCCGAGGGGGAGACCCACUUGGAGCGGAUGAUGGUGCGGGACAGCCCGGAUUCUGCGCCCGACGGGGUCCAUCUGCUCACGGUGGGAACUGUGGCUGAGCUCGAACAGGCGAUCACCCAACUCACAGACCGCAUAGACAGACUGGAGACAGACAUCGGUCCCUUUUCUCACAACCGCACGGACAGCAAGUCCUCGGACGCGUCGGAGGAGGGCGGCCCAGAGAGGUCAGCCUCUCCGGGCCGCGGCGCCGGUCCGGAGAGGCCCUGGGGGCUGGAGGACCUGGAAGAGGAGCUGGAGAGGAAGGUGGAGCUGCUGGAGAAGGAGAGGAAAGCCCUGAGGAGGCCUGAGGCAGAAACAAGAAGGAAAGAGCAGGACAUCAGCAAACUAGCAGACAGAGAAGGCGUCGCAGGGCUUUCGUUCCCGGAGGGCUUCAGGUUGUCCUUCCCGGCUCGGACCAACUACAUGUUCGCCCUGAUGAGACACGCCGUCCCCAAGCUGCGGGCCUUCACCGCCUGCCUGUGGCUGCGGCCCGCCGCGCCGGGGAUGGGGACGCCCCUGUCUUACGCUGUCGCAGAGCAACCGAACGAGUUGGUGCUCCUGCAAGACCGGAGCGCUCCGGCUGAGCUGCUCAUCAACGACAAGGUGGCGAAGCUGCCUCUGAACCUCUCCGGAGGCAGCUGGCAGCACGUCUGCGUGAGCUGGACCCAGAAAGGUGGGGCAUGGCAGGCCUACCAGGGAGGAAAGCUGAGGGGCGAGGGCCACGGACUGGCCCCGGGACACCACAUCAGGCCCGGGGGAGAGCUGGUCCUCGGGCAGGAGCAGGAUUCCCUGGGUGGCAGUUUCGAUUCGACCCAGGCCUUCGUCGGAGAGCUGUCCCAGGUGGGCCUGUGGGAUCGGGUCCUGUUGUCCGCCCAGGUCGCUGGCCUGGCCCGGUGCAGCAGAGUGACUCAGGGCGCCGUGGUCCUCUGGAGCGAAAACAGAGUGCAAGUCUACGGCGGAGCCACCAAAGACCCCGGGGAGCCUUGCAGUAAACACAGCAAAAGCUCCCAGUGACCGGCGGAGAGAGGACCGCAGGAAAGAUUCAAGUCACCAACCAACGCUGAUUCAAGAAUGUCCGAAAAACCGCAAAUAGCAAGGCGACACAAGAGAGUCAUAAUCUUAGCAACUUUUCUGGAGUGUUUCUGGGGUUGCGCUGCAAGACCACACUUUAUUUACACACACACGCAGCUGGAGUCGGAGUUACUGUGUACGAGAAAAUGCUUAAGCUUGGGUUUGCUUAGUUUGAAGUCAGAACAGGAAGAUGGUUUCAGAUUCUCUUCAACCCUCCUGACAGUUUGAUCAAGAAAAUCAAAUCUACACUUUACCUGCCUGCUGGCUUUUCUGCCCUCUUGUUUGCUCUACGCGUGUUCAAAUUCAGGGGCCGCAUUCUUCAAACUGGCGAGCCAGAAUGUGACCCGAAACGCUCCCGGGCUUCUUUGUCCCCCGUUCACAAUCUGAAUCGUAUUCAUUAAUUAGAUUAACGAAUUCAAUGGGAGUCAGUGGAAGAGCGAAGGACUCAACGUCCUUCACAUCCAGGAGGAAGAGGGACGAACGUCUGGGGGACGAGGACGGAGUCUUUGAAUUUGGAGCGCUUUCGUCAAACGCGGCCUUCGGAGGAUGCAGCCCCUGAAUUUGGAUUCGGAUGUUCAAUUAUGCUGAUUUUCACUUUGAAUUCUCCCUGGAAUUUCAUUUUUACAUGAUGCAGAAUUGUGACUUUUUUAAUGGUAAAUCUUUAUAAAAGAUUCAAAAUAUAUUUUUAAAGCAUCACAGUCAGAGCCAGAGAAGUGAGCUAAUGUUGGUGAAUUUUUAGGCUCAUUGAAAUGUGUGAUUCAGUAGUUUUGCUGUUCCUGUGACUCAUAAAUGAGAUUAUGGAGGUAAUCAGUAAAAGGUGAGAAAUUUUACUACAGGAAUGAUAAACUAUCGGAGCCAUUUUCUCUCUUUUUAAAUUAUUUGCACAGGAAGAACUCCUACAAAUUUAAUUUAGGACAAAAUCAUUUGAAUUAUUUCAUGAGUAAUCUCUAGAAACUUCAGCAAACUGACAUAUACGUCUAUCAUUUGUGAGAUUUCAGCCACAGACAGAUGAAAUGAACAACACUGACCUGUUAGUGACUUGGAUAAAGGAUUGCUUUUGUCCUCAAACACAGUGUGUUGGCAGCAUAAAACAAACAACGGGUCAGCGUUUUCAGUUUGAACAACUGUGACAAACACCAAAUUGUUGUGGCUGGACAAGCUGCAGCUGCAGCUCCUGCUCUGGGCUUCUGGUGGUUAUCGAAAGGGAAAGGGGGAAAAAAAAAAACAGUGCUGAACCAGCAUCUGGGUCAGAGAUGACAAAGGCCGCAUUGAUGCACACUGAGCAGAAAACAGGCUCAGAGAGACAGAGUGAAGGUUUGGGCAAUGAUCCUGCUGGGAACCCGGCUCGGUUCUGCCAUCGAUGUCGAUGUUGAUUUGACACGAACCACGAGCUGAAGCGUUGUUGCAGACCAGGAACACAUUAACAAAAUUUCUCGAUGGCUUUGGCCUCUUUAAGCAAAGGCGGUGCCACAAAUUGAUGUGUUUUCGGUUUGGUGUCAGUCGAGGUUUGGCGGAAACGAGCCUCUCAAAGCGCAGUGCCAAGGUUAACAUCUUAACUUGUCUUCAUGUUCUAAUUUGCUAAAUAUAUGUAUGUUCAUUUCAUUUUUUUUCUGAAUGAUUGAAAAUCCAGCGUCAUCAAUGUCUGCGGACUCAAAUCGCCUCCUUGGAAGCACCGAAUCCAACGAGUUCCGAGUUCUGGGCCGUCCGUGUGCUGAGAGCUCCGUGUGGGAAGCGAGAAGCUGAAUUGGGGGCAUCGGGAAUCCCUCCGUUUGUGCAGCAGGCCUGAAGUGGUAUUAUUUAAAGGCUGCGACAGCUUUAGAGCUCGGGGUCAAGGUGAGGCGCUGGAAAAACGCUGGAGAAAGUGACGGGAAUAUUAAAGCAGCGGAUGGCAGCCUGGAUGAUGAAAGCCAGAGGGAAGCGGGAGGAUGAGAGGGACGAUGGAUCAGAUGUGAAUGAUAUUGCAUUGUUUUUCUCUUCUGCAUGAUGUAAUCUCGUACUGAUAAUGUCUUGCCACUGCCAGGCGUCGCGGACCAGGUCGUUGCAUUUUACGUUCCUGCAGGAUGGCUGUGUUUGUUUUUCUGAGACUGACUUUUAGUAUCUGAUGCAUUUAUUAUGGACUCGACCGACUUCUGAGAACUGCUAACCUAAACUCUUCUCCCCCCCCAUUAUUAAAUAUGUGGUGUUAUGUUAUAUCAGACAUGUUGAUGCAAUGUUCAAAGUUGUAAAAUGUGAAUGUUUUUAAAUGUCCUCCAUGCAUUAGGAGCUGCUUUUCCAUUGACCGUAUCAUUUUGCAAAUUAACACUUUUAUGAUGAAAAGUCUUUUGAAUAUCGAAUUCAGCGUAUUUUGCAAAAACGCAAUGGAAAAUCUUUUCCCCCCCAGCGUCACACGAGUCAUGUGACCAAUAACCAAACGUUAUGGUUCAAAGUGGAGAAGACAGGAAGUGAUGGGAGGAUAACGACGUGGCAUGUUUUUUUUUUCUUCUAUUUUUUUAGCGCGAUCAGACCCGAUCACGUGUUUCUGAAUUAAGGAAAACCUAGUAAUUGAGAAAUUUGCAUUUAAUUUGGUUAUUGUUGUUUUUGGAUGGGGGGGACGCUGACAAAACGUAACGGAAACGCAGCUCCUGGUGAAUAAAUCCGAAAUCUUUUCACCAUUUGAAAAGAAGACAUUCCAUGCAUGAGUCAGAAUGCCUUGCCAAACUCUUCUUUCCCUUCAUGCUGAACUAACUCCUACAAACAAAUUGUUCAUUUCAAAGAACUUUCUUAAAAAAAAAAGAAAAAGCUGAUUUUGUUUUAUUACUGACGGUGGAAAGUGCCUGUCAGGGGUGUUUGUACCCAUGUACCGUCGCCAUCUUUAACACCCUGAAGAUGUUUUGAGCCAAUUAAGCGUCGUUAAGGUCCCAGGUGACACUGCGAGAUGAAAGCAGUUUGAUCAAAGUUUUACAGCCUCAUAAACACAGUACUUGAAGCGUCUGCACGGUGCCACCGAACUAACACUAGAACAAGUCCAAACCGUCUCGUUGUGCCUCCGUUCGUCUUUGAUAUUGGUGUCUGCUCAGCUCAUGCCAGAACCUUUUAGGGCUUGUUUUUUUCCCCUUCUUUUCUUUUUAUUGUAUUGCCAUUGUGUUUAUGAUAUAUGAAACUGAAAGAUACUUUUGUUGCCAUUAUGCUCUACGAUCCACGUCGAUCGCACAAACGCCGUUGACGUCCACGUCCUGUAUGGUGUCGUAUUGUUCUGAACACGUGCCGUGUACAAAACUCUGAAUCUUGAUUAAAGUUGUGAUAUUUUGGAGAAAGGAA